AUGGGGGAUGAUUUCGAGCGUGCGGUGCUGGUGAGCCUCAACCCGACGCAGGUGUCUCCGCAGACGCUGCAGGGGGCGCAGGCGCUGCUGGCUCAGUUUAAGGCAUCCGGUGAUGCCUGGAAGCUGUGCCUUCAGAAGGCCUUUUCCGAUUGCCCCAUGCAAGUCCGAUUUUUCUGCUUCCUCACCCUCGUCGACCUUCUCAAUCACAAGCACGGCGAGCUCUCGGCCGAGAGCCGUGCGGCACUCCGGCAGGGCCUGCUCACGUGGCUCAAGGACCACUUGCCGGCACACCCACAGGAAGACACUUCUGUGAAGAACAAGUUUGUGCAGGCACUGGUGGUGAUGUUCAAGCUGGAGUACCCCGAGGAGUGGCCUUCCUUCUUCUCCGACCUCUUCAUGCUCCUCAAGUCCACUGGCUCUACGCCGGCGGGGCUGGUCAUGGUGGACAUGUUCCUCCGCAUCAUGGCGUCCAUCGACCAGCUGGUCAUCAACUCUGAUGCCGUCCGCUCGUCCGCUGAGAUCGCUCACGCAUCUGAUAUCAAAGAGGCGAUGAAGGUGCAUUGCGUGAACACGUACGUGGAGGUGUGCUACUCCAUCAUCGUAACGUUUCGCACCUCCUGCCCGCCCAUUGCCAAGUCCUGUCUGGACAACCUGCGCGCUUAUCUCGCUUGGAUCGAGCUGCCGUUGAUUGUGAAUAAUCGAUUCUUGCCCCUCUUCUACGAGCUUCUCUCUUCUGAGGACCUCAGAGAAGAGGUCUGCGAGUGCCUCUACGAGCUUGACUUGCUGCACAAGCUCAACCUCUUGCCGAUCAUCUCGUCCAUCAAGACCGAGGACGAAGAUUUUCAAGUCAAGCUGGCCAAGCUGGUCAACGCGAUUGGCGUCGAGCUCAUCUACGGCUGGACUGCGAUCCAAGUAAUGGUGGCGCAGCAGAAGGUCGGACCCGACGUCGAAAAACAAAGCAAACAGAUGGUCAAUGCGGCUCUGGCUCUGAUGUGGCAAUACCUCAAUGCCGAGGAUGACCUCGUGUCGGAAGAGGUGGUUCCUCUGGCCAAGUGCUUCGUGGAGAAGGUGCAGAAGGACAAGGAGCUCACGGAAGAGGACAAGGAGCACUUGCGGAAGCUCCUCACCAUCCUGGCCAACAAGAUGAAGUACGACUCCUCGUACGACUUCUCCAAGCCGGACCAGAUCGAGCAGGAGUUCCUCCAGUACCGCAAGGAGUUGAGCAACUUGUUCCGGAAGGUGGUCAAGCUGUGCCCGGAGAUGUCGGUCAUGUUCGUGUCGUCUCUCGUCCGGGCGUGCUUUGCCAACAUCUCAGCGAUGUCCUUUGCCGAUGUCGAGGUGUCGCUCUACCUCCUCGGCCUUCUCAGCGACGCUUCCACCCAAGUCGACGUGUGGCGAUACCCGCAUCGGGCGGUGGUCCUGACGGCCUUUGAGACCGCCGUCAAUUAUGCUCGAUACCUGCCCAACGAUGCUGCCGUAAUCUCCAACUUUUUGGGCGCUUUCUUCGGCACGAGUGGAAUGCGAAGCAGCGAUCUCACGGUGCGCAGCCGAGCCGCUUACAUGUUCUUCCGCCUCUGCCGAGCCCAGAAGAAUCUCCUUCUCCCCUAUCUCCCUCAGAUCCUCGCUGCGUCUCAGGAUCAACUUGUGGUGAAGCUGGAGGCCGAUAACGUGCUGCCCUACGAUAGCCAGCUCUUCUUUUUCAACGGCAUCGGGCUGCUGCUAUCCGCCACCAAGGACAAGAAACUGCAACAGGACACGCUCAAGAGCGUGGUGGGAAAAUUUCUGGACCAAGUGGAGGAGAUAUUGGCCAAGGAGAUCUACAAGCAGGACACAGUUGAAAGGCCGGUUUGCGCCAAUUUUUUGCAGCAGGUCGUGGCGGUGGUCACUGCCCUCAGCAGCGGCUUUGGUUCGCUUGAGGGCCAGUCGGGAAUGGAGGAGCUCCUGGCCAUGUGGAGCCGAACCUCGCACGUCGCUCUGCGAAUCGUGGCAGCCAUUCCACAAUACCCCGACUUGCGCCUCAAGGUAAUGAAGUCCCCGCCGCCGCUUCAGGACCCGCCGAUCAUACAGCAGCGCCGCUCAAUUACGCGCGUGCUCUCGUUCCUGCACAGAAUGGUGGAAUCGAUCGGCACGCACGUCCUGCCGUAUCUACCUCUGGCCUGCCAGGUCUUCAUUCCCAUAUUGAACAGUGGGUCGGUUUACACUUCGACCGAUAUGACGAAGGAACACCAGGACUUCGACAAGGUGCGGAACAUCGUCGAGGACAUCGUGGGUCCGGUCAUUCAGAGCCAGGUCUGUCCGCUCGUGUCCGCCCUCGCUCAAAAGUUUCAGGCCCAAGCUAGCGAUGAUGACGAGGUGGAGAUUGACGUCGUCAGCGAGGAGGAGCGCGAGUGGACAGACAUGAUCAAGGGCUACCUGCUGCUCAUCCAAAGCGUGCUAGGCCACUCCCUUUCGUCCACACUCAUCGCACAGAAAAACGGACCGUACCUUGAGGCGCUGCUCAAGGCGCUGCUCUUGGCGACGACUGCCAGCGACGACAUUUCUCUCAAGAAGCAGUGCGUGACCACGUUGCGUAUGAUGAUCGAGGCGUGGGCCGGCAAGAUCACUGUUGUUUCGGACCCCAACGAAAGCGGAGGACAGCAGAUGAUUGCUUUCCAGCAGGCGUUCAACGUGUUUGUGUUCGAGCACUGCGUGCCGCUUUUCUUCACGCUGCCUCUAUCACCCGACUUCAGGCCAGCCGACGCUCAGUGCAGCAUGAUCCUGGGCGAGAUGAGCAAGAUGCAGAAGACGCUGGUGGAGCGAUGCGGACAGGACGCCCUGCGCCACAUCAAGAGCGUGGUGUGCCAAAUCCCCAACUGCUCGGCACAGGCCACCGAGGAGUACAUGCAACAGCUGCUUCAGCCCCUCAAGCAGUUCGACCCCUUCUACAAGAAAUUCGUGCAGGCUGCUCGAACGCAAGCCCUCGCUGGCCCACUGUCCCAGUGA